AGGAUAAUCAGUUUUUUUAAAAAUAUAACUUUUUAUUCGUAAACACAAAAAGAUAUAAAAUGUUAGUAUCAUUAUCAGUCCAUCGCUGGAACUAAUCAAUUUUGUGUAAAAUAUUUUCGAGUACUAUUUGAGAAAACUGAACCAUUUCUACAGAAUGCAAUACAAACAAAUAGAUUAUUUCAAUGUUCCUCCUAUGUGGAAAUUAUCACCUGCACUGAAGGCGAUCAGAUUUUGGAUACAUAUUUUUCUAUGUUUGAUUGAAAUUAUCCUCACUACAAUACUCAUUUGUAAAUUUUGCAAAUCGUGUAAGGAAACGGAUAAAUACAAAUGGGUUUUACUAGGUUUAAUACCAAGUUCCAUAAUUUUCUCACUUCUAUUGAUCACUGUACGUGAAAUGCGAGAACAUUUCCCAAUGAAUUUUAUCUACCUGCAUUUAAAUACGUUGUUAAUGUGUUUUGCAUUUAUACCACCAAUACUGAGCACCAAAAUCACAUAUACCAUGAUAUCGUUUGGUCUCGCGGCAAUUAUUCUAUUUAUAGUGAUUUUACUCGGGAUGUCAAUCAAAGUUGAAAUUUCUCCGAUUAUGUUGAUUCUUGUUAUGAUCAGUUUCAUUGCACUGGGACUGAUAUCAUCGAUUACAUUGUAUUUUGCUCACCAAAGUGUCGCAGUUAAUGUGAUGGGAGCAUUUGUUCUCCUAUCAGUUUUACCAUUACUGAUAUUUAUUGGUCAGCAACUGAAACUAGAAUCCUAUCCAUGGAUGCUUCAGUCGGAUUGUAUAUUUUAUGCUGUCGUGAUAUCAAUAACAUAUUUGUUUAUAUUUUAUUCAAUCGACAUGCAGUUUUUCAAUUCACAGCAUUAAAUCAAUGCCGUCAGCGGUUAAUAUUUGCAGUGUAACGUCUAUUCAUAUGAGAGAGGUAUUCUGUUAUUCCAAAUAUAAUCUUUAUAAACUAUUACCAAUUUCAACAAAUAGAGUUGAUAAUCGAAAUAUGUCGUUUCUUCUGAAUUUUUUAAAAUAAAUGUAUUAUCAGUUAUUCA